AGAAACGGUUUAAGUACCUGUUGAUGCAGGGCAAUGCCCAGCUUAUGAGGCAGGCACGCUGCAAAUAUUCGUUUAAUCAACUGUAAGUCGAGCAUUCAUCUACUAUUCCGUAUGCGUAUCGCGUUUCUUUUGCCAUGAAACCGACCAUCCAUAAAGUCGAUCCGAAUGGAGAUACACUGCUCAUCCUCCGCAACCCAAACGCGCCGUUUGCAGGAGAUGCAACCGUUUGGCCUGAUGCUCUGCCAAAAUAUCGCUCAGAUAGAUUGAAACGAAAUGAGCGAGAAUUGGAACUAAUCGCACAAGCCGAGCACCCGACUCCUGAUGGCCCGCGAGAAGUCCACUUCCAGCUCUCUUCAAAGCAUCUCACGCUUACAUCGGAAUAUUUUCGAGCACUAGUGGCCAACCGCUGGAAAGAAGCCAGCUCAAGCUGCGGCUUCGCUUACACUGUAACUGCUGAAGAUUGGGACGAGGCUGCAUUGCUCAUGGUCAUGAACAUUAUACACUGUCAAACCUCGGAAAUACCCCAGGAUAUCGAUUCUGAGAUGGUUGCGAAAAUGACUGUCAUUGUCGACUAUUACCAAUGCACUAAGGCAAUCAGUUUCUACGUGGAUAUAUGGAUGAGAAGCUUCGAUUCGAGAGAGCUCUCUUGUGGUGGCUAUAAAAGAAAGCUUUUGCUUAGGCUUUUCAUAUCCCAGCUCUUCUUCAAUGCUGACGAUUUCCAACGAUGCACGCAGGUUAUCAUACGCGAAAGCAGAGGCCCAAUGCAUUCUCUUGGACUACCAUUUCCUCAAAAUCUCAUUGGUGAUUUAUACCUUUGAUGCUUGAAGAUAGUUCGAUUAGCCGGAUGACUAACUCUAUCACUAGAUGCGCUUGAAGAUGACAGGAAAAGUCGUGUUUCCCAAGUUAUCACUGCACUUCACAAGUUAACAGAGGCUUUGCUUCUGGGCAACGGAGCGUGUUCACCUACAUGCUCUUUAACAUCCGCCUGCCUUCUAGUGAAUACUAUGAGAGGGUUGAAACUAUCCGAGCCCAGACCAGCACCGCCUUUUGUGGGCUAUAGCCUUGCGGCGAUGAAAAAUGCUUUUUCUAAAGUCCG